AGCAGAAAUUGUGAAGAGGAAACUCCAUGUUGUAACAAAGUUUCCUCCGCAGGCGCCUCUUUCUCUCUCCCCCUUUUUUGUUUUUCUUCCCCCCCCCAUUUUCCCCUCCCCCUUUUUUCCUUUUGUUGGGGGGGCCAUUUCCCCCCCGCUCCCCGCCGCCCGAUCCGCCCCCGAAGUAACUCCUGGAGGAUCGGAGCGCGGCGGGAGGAGCCAGCGGAGGAGGGACCCCCCCCGGCCAACACUUCUGGGCUAAUGGACAGUCAGUCCGUGAUCACCCAGGUUAGCAAGGAAGAGGCGAACACCCCUCUGCAGGAGAAAGGUAAUUGCACCCCGGCGUGGGGGCGGGGCGGGGGGGGCAGCGUCGCGUGCAUUGAACUCCAACCCCCCCACAAUAAAUGGCCUGUCCUGGACUCUGCCCUGGUGUUUGCCCAGCCUGUGCAGGGCUCGCCAGGUCCUGGCGGGGUGGUGGUGAAGGGUGUGCAUGGCUGGGGGUUGUUGGGUUGCACGGGGCUGGGCACGGAUCCCUGCCUGCUGGAGGUGUUCGACCUACACUUGGGGGUCUCUGGCCCCGGGGGGGAGGGGGGAGGAUCGCAGGUGCUCCUCAGGGCCCAGCUGCUCACCCAAGCUCGGGUUGCCGACGUCAUUGAGGCAGCGGCCGCCCUGACUGGAAGACUGUCGCCCUCCCUGGUUGUGCCAGGCGGGCCAGGUCGACCCAUUCUCCUACGCUCCUGGGACCUGCUCUGCCCAGCUGGGGCCAUCAUCUCUAGAGCCUCUAGGCCGACACGCAGCGGCCUCUCAGCAUACUUCCAGUCCGUCUUCUGCUGCCCUUGCAAUGACGCCAGGAUCCCCGUCCCGGUCAACAACGAACGGCCCCUGCUGGUUCAGGAGCAGGCCGCCCUCCCCCAGGCCGCUGUCAAGUACCUCCUGCCCGAAAUCAAACCCCAGGACGCCAGCAAGCUGUGUGUGGUCAUCGACCUGGACGAGACGCUGGUGCACAGCUCCUUCAAGCCCGUGAACAAUGCCGACUUCAUCAUUCCUGUGGAGAUUGACGGCAUCAUGCACCAGGUGUACGUGCUGAAGCGCCCGUAUGUGGACGAGUUCCUGCGGCGCAUGGGCGAGCUCUUCGAGUGUGUGCUCUUCACCGCCAGCCUGGCCAAGUACGCGGAUCCUGUGGCUGACCUGCUGGACAAAUGGGGAGCUUUCCGCGCCCGCCUCUUCCGCGAGUCCUGCGUCUUCCACCGCGGCAACUACGUGAAGGACCUGAGCCGCCUAGGCCGGGACCUGAGCCGCAUCAUCAUCGUGGACAACUCCCCAGCGUCCUACAUCUUCCACCCCGACAAUGCGGUGCCGGUGGCGUCCUGGUUUGAUAACAUGGCCGACACGGAGCUCCUGGACCUGCUGCCUUUCUUUGAGGGACUCAGCAAAGUGGACGACGUUUAUACAGUGCUAAAGCAGCACCGGACUAGCAGCUAGUGACCCGGGGCCGGGCGAGAUGCCAGCCUGGCAGGAUUCCCCAGUCCCCCCCGCCGGCCGCCCCACUGAUCUACCCACAAGCCCCAGCAUCAGCCUGCAGCUUCUCCAGGGCGCAGAACGGAGGCUGUGGCAGGCGGCAGAGGGGCCGGGCGGGGAGCCCAGUGUGGGGCUUACACCCGCCAGGCAUGGGGGAGACGCCCGGCUGCAUCACUUGAAACCAGCCACAAACCUGGACUUUUGUCGUCACGUAACGGUUCUUCUCCUGUAAACUGGGGAGGGCCGGAGGGCAACGGAACCACGGCCCGGUCCCCUCUGAUUGGGCUGGGAGG